CUUUUGCAUUGUACUGUGCUGGUUGAACUGUUCAGUUUGUAUUAACUUGAAGAAUAAACAUAACAUGGCUCCUCAACAAUAUGUUCUAUGUCUUCCUGAAAGCAUGGUAAUAACCUGCACAUGCUUUGAUGGUAGGAACAGGAGACUGCAUGAUUGUCGGGAGCCUGAAGUGAGAACUAGGGUACUAAGCACUACACCUGUGACAACAUCUCUUACCCAGGUUUGCCAUUCCAUCUACUUGCUCGCCAUGGAGUGUUUGUACAAGAAGAAAACAUUUAUUCUUGACACAAGCUGCUUGGAUGCACUUCACUUUCUCAAGUGCCUCAACCCACAUGCCCGCAACAUGAUCAAAAACAUCUACCUGACUAACAUGGUAUCAACAAAUUAUAGACAGAACUGGGUCGCUAUAGCCAGAGAUCUGACUAAAUUACUAUCCCACAUGUCAAGUCUACGUGAGAUAGCAGUUUCCAUGCCUGAUGAUCGCUUGGCAGGGCCUAAGUCAUCAUCAUAUACCCCAGUCAUACAUGUAUGGGGAUGGUAUGUCCAGAUUGGACUGUGUAAAGCACUCUUUGCAGGACACUUUGAUAAGAUUCGUUUUGUGCAUCCUAGGGUAUAUUCCCAUAAGGUAGGUCCGUAUGGUUAUUGGAAUGUAAAGACUUACUUGCGAGGUGCAGUGUUGAACCCGUAUGUUACUGGGGGUAGGUAUUGUUUGAAUGAGCAUCUGCAGGCACCAGAUGAGGAGAUUUGGAGAGACUGCGGGUUUGUCUUUGAGCUUGACAAGCCACGACCAUGGGAGGAGGGAUCGGUGCUUGUUCUUCAGCCUGUACGGGGUUGAUUGAAGGUAUCUUGCUUAACAUUUCUGAUAGUGGACAGAACAGAUCAUAAUUUGAAAGACUGAUUUAGCCAGUCUUAAUACUGCAGCACAGCAUUCCAUUGGACUCAUUUUAGCAAGAAACCCCACAGCAGAAUGAUCCACGGCAGAGUUUUGACGCUGCCUACCAUGUAUCUAUUUCCAGUGUGGCUUGUCUGUAGCCUGUAUAUAAUAAUAGUAGUAGGGGAAUUCCCA